UCUCUGCCCAACCUCUGGUAGCCCAACCUUUGGUAGAGGGACCGACCCGACGACACAAGCCAUUCCGACUGGUCUCCUCUCGCGACACGUCGAUUUGCCCCGAACACCACCAGCUUGCUUAAUCGCAUUCAUCGGACAGCAAGGCAGCGAAGCAAAUGAUGAACGUCCCGGGUCCCGGCCGCUCCAUGCAGCGACGCUCCCCUGCCCCGGGCACCGAACCCGGUGGUGGUGGCCUGCCUCCCAACAUCCCGGCCCGCUCGAUAUCGCCCGCCGUUGGAAUGGGAGGACCCAUGGGUGCCCAAGCUGGCAUGUCGAGGUCUUCAGCUGGCUCAAGUCGCUCAGUUCAAGGCCCCGGCGGCGGUCCCGGCAGCGGCGGCGGCGGGAGCACAAGGCGAAAUAAUUCAUCCGGCAGUUCGUCGUCUGUCCCGCUGUCGCAAAUCGAAAGGAGCGUAACACACCUGCUUGUUGCCACCAAGCAACUACUCGAAACCCUGACACAAUGGUCUCGCGGAAACGCAACCGAUACCCAGGUCUCCGACGUCUAUGUACGGCUGGGCUACGAGUUUAAUAUGGCUUGCCGGGCCUUUUCUGCCAUCAAUGUCGAUAUUGACGACUUGGGCAACGUACCCGAGCUGUUGCGCACCAUCCUGGAGGCCACCCUCAGCCAAGAAGCCAGCGCUGAAAGUCUCGAAAAAUACCUGCCGAGGAUACGUGAUAUUAUCAUAAAUCUGCUGCAUGGUCUAAAGAGAAAACAGCAAAAGCUAAGGCAGCGUCAGCAAAGGGACAGGCAGCCGAGCAUCGCAGGAGACGAUGGAGGCCAUGGUGGACCUGGCCCCAGCGGCAGUGGUGUGCCCACCAGAACUACAAGUACUAGUACCAUGGGUAGCGUUAAUUCUGGGCUCACCAACAUGUUGAACGAAGGACUCGAGAGCAAUGGUUACCGGCCUGACUCUCUGAGGGACGAUUCUCGGAACUCUGGCCCUACGACGGCAUCACCCACAAGACGCUUUCCCACACAGCGCGAUCAAUCUCGCGGCUCUGUCACCUCUGACCAGUCCAGCCUGUCGAGCAACACUAUGCAAAAUAUGCCCGUUAUGGCGCCUUACCCAGGUGAAGAUACCAUUCCUACAGGCCCACCGGCACCACCCGAAAUCAACGUGGAUAACUUCCCUCCUCCGCCACCGCCGCCCAAGGCAUCGCAACAGAGUGCCUUGGCGGCUCUGCAAAGAGGAGGUGAUCUGGAAAGACGAGCUUCCCGCAGAUAUUCGGCAUACCAGAUCUCUAAGCAUCUCGGCGCCCAGGGUGGGAUCCCCAUGCUCCCACCCCAGACGACGCCGAUACCUAAUAGGGGCCGGUGCGAGAUUAGAGAGUCGAUGCGGGCAAUGCAGACAAGAGAGAACGCCCGCCACAACCGCAAUGCUUCGAACCAGUCCCAACGUACCAUCGGCCUCGAUUCCUCUCCCGUUCGAGUUCCCAGCCGGGUUUCUGAAGAGCCUGAAACUGCCGAUUCGCCUGCGUUCAACAGGGCCGACAGCUUCAACGUCCAGACGCCAGAUGACAAGUAUCCUGCUCCAAUUGCCACUCUCAAUGGCCCGCUCGCGGAUCCUAUCCCGAUGGUGGAUGAAGUAGACUCGCCUAAGCCCGCUGCUACGAGGCCUGCUCCUGCGCCUGCCGCUCCUCAGCAUCAACACAAGCCCUCCAUUCGCGCCCCGACUCCCGAUAAACAACCGCCCAGCUCGUUUAUGCUCGAGAAUUCACCCCCAGCAACCAAGGAACUGACCCUCUUCCUGCAGUAUAAGUCCAAGGUCAAGAAGUUCGUGCUCCCUGAAGGCUACGACGAUCUGUCCAUUGCUCGUCUUCAGCUGGCCUUUAUCGAGAAGUUCUCGUGGAACACGCAACAGAACGGAGCUGAUCUACCCGAAAUCUACAUUCAAGAUCCCGUCUCCGGUGUCCGCCAUGAGCUCGAGGAUCUCUCUGAUAUCAAGGACCGCACUGUACUUGUGUUGAAUGUUGAAGCUUUGGAUGAAGUCAAGAAGCAUAUUGACGAGGGCAUUGGGUCCCUCAAGACUAUCAUUCAACAGGUUAAGCAGAACGUCGACGAUCAAAACGCCGCCAUUCAACGUGUGUCGGAGCGCCAACAGGAAACUGCCAAGGAUCUCGCUCGCAUUGCCGCCACCCCGCCGCCCACUAUCAUGGCACCAAGUGGUAUGGACUCGGCGGCUUCGCCACGCUCUUCGUCUUCCUCCGUCGCCGGCGCUGGUGCCCUUGCCGGUUCCUCGUCCAAGAAGCUCAGCCCAGGCCAGCUUACCGAGAUCCAAUCCCUCCGUCGCGACCUCGCCGUCCUUCGUCAGACCUACUCCAACUUCCAGUCCGAAGUCCAAGGCUCUAUGACUGCUCUCCGCAACAAGGCCAAUAACGUCAAAACUGCCGCCGCCAAACUGUCCGUUCCCGAAGUGGAUGGCGAGUCGGGCCGCGCAUACGUCACCAAGGGUCGUAAACUGCUCAACGCCGAUAGUGACCGGCUUGUCAACAAGGUAGAUGACCUGCAAGAUCUCGUCGAGGACCUCCGCAAGGACGUGGUCCAACGCGGCGUCCGCCCGCUCCCCAGACAGCUCGAGUCCGUCACCAAGGACAUCACCAAGCUCGCCAAGGAGCUCAAGCAGAUGGAGGAGUUCAUGAAGAAGGAGAAGCCCAUCUGGACCAAGAUCUGGGAAAAGGAGCUCGAGGACGUCUGCCAAGGUCGCGACGAGCUGCGCCUAAUGGAAGAUCUCAUGGUCGAUCUGCGGGACGACUUGGAGAAGGCCAGCGAAACCUUUGCGCUUGUCGAGCAGGCAACCAAGGAGCAAAUGAAGGAGGGCGGACACACCGUUAACGGAUCGGUGUCCAACGGCCCUACGCCCUUUGGCGCCUUUAGUCGCGGGCUGAAGAGCAUCUCGGAGAAGGUGACGUCUGCGGACCCUAGCGAGGCGAAGGAGGGCGUUCUGGGCGAGGUGCGUGCCUUGCAGCCGAAUCAUGAGAGCAGAUUGGAGGCGAUUGAGAGGGCGGAGAAGCUGAGGCAGAAGGAGUUGCAGACCAGGAUGGUCAACCCGCUUACGAAGGAGCUGGCCUCUUUUGUGGAGGAGGGGAAGCUGAAGAAGAGUGGUGGUGUCGAGGAGGUGGAGAGGGCGCGGAAGGCCAAGGAUGAUAGGAUCAGACGGGAGGUGUGGGAGCGCAUGAAUGGCAUCAUUGCGGAGGAUGAUGGUGGUGAGGACGAGGAGGAUGACGACGAAGAGGACGAAGAGGAGGAAGAGGAGGAGGAGGGCGGGGAAGAGGGUGAGGAAGAGGCGGGUGUCUCUGCUAAGGGCUCUGUUGAUGGAGAUGAUGAAGUGGGAGAGGAUGAAGCGAAGGAGAAGAAUAAAGAGAAUCGUAAGGUUGAAGAGAAGUCGGAUGUGGAUGGGAAUGAGGAGGAGGGCAAGGAGAAGGCUGAAGGCGCGAAAGAGCCUGGUGCGACUGCUUGAGGAGAGCCAGUUUACCGGGGUUUGAGUGCGUGGUGAUGUCUGCGCCUACGAGUGUGGGUGGAAUCUUGUCGAAGGGAGCUGUUGGAAACACCAAUACGUCUAUGCCUGUACAUGUCAUUGGUUCAGGGCUCGACGAAGAUUGAGUAGUCUAGGAGAGAGAAAAGGGGAGAGACAGCGUCAGAGAGGCUCGAAAUCUUAUACCCCUUUUUUGGUUUAACAAUCAUGUUUGCCUUUUGUUACAGUUACCAAUUGAACAGCUUAGGC